AAAGCGCCUUAAACAGUUGCGACUGCAACGUCGAAUUGUGACGACGGACCGUCCACAGCGUCCUAGUUCCCCACCAAAGGAUACAUACAAAAUAUAAUUCAAAACUCAAGCAAAUAAAUAAUCAAGCAAGCAAACAAACAAACAAACAAACAAACCUUAACCAAAAACCAAGUACAAAAUGCUGGCCUAGCUGGAGAAACUUAAACAUUGCGCAUACGCCGCAUAGUGCAAGCAAUUAACUGUGAUACAAGUUGAAUUUUCUUGAUAUUCGUUGGUCCUCGCACCAAAGCAACCUACAACUACCUAACUUAUUAGUGCUAUUCCCCCAACCGAAGAGGUCUAAAACAGAGGCAAAAUGUCGGUGCCAAUGCUGCUUACCCCCUUGGAGCCCCAAAGUCCGGAUGAUCACAUGCAAAAUUGUGCCGCCCUGGUGGAUGGGUCCUCGAUCAACUAUGGAACCGGAAACGAGCUGGAGCCGUCGGAGUCCAGGACCGCCUGUAAGCCCACGCUGCGGGAGUUCAAUGUGCGCCUGGAGGCUCCGCUGGCCGCCGACGAGCGACUGGGACUCACCGGCGAUGUGAAGGCCCUCGGCGAGUGGCAGUUGUCGCGCAGCGUGGCCCUCGAGUCGCUGGACGAGCUCAACUGGCAGGCCACGGUGCCCAUGCAGUCGUGUCGCCAGCUGGAGUACCGCUUCUUCGUCUACGUGGAGGAUCUGUCCGGCUACAAGCAGAUACGCCGCUGGGAGACCCACUUCAAGCCCCGGACCCUGGGACCCUGCAUGGAGCUGCAGUGCAGCCAGUUGGACGUCUUUGGCAUCACCUCUGACAACUCCGACCUGAAGCCGCAGGUGCAUCGCGGCUGGCUCAACCAUGAGGUUAUACUGCAGCUCAAGUUCAACGGGGAGAAGAUGUUCCAGGUGCACGACAUCGAGACCUUCGAUCCGCAGCAUGUCCAGCUGAAGAUCGUGCCCGUGGAGCAGACCGCCGGCCUGCAUGUGGAGUACACCAAGCAGGAGUAUGGCCGCAGCCAGCUGGAGCAGCAGCCCACCUUCGGAGUGCCGUACACGAAGAACGACAUUGUGAUCUUCCACAUCACGCUGCCGCUGGAGAAGAUGAUGCAUCAGCACUUCCGCCUGGAGUGCUACAGCAUGUCCAACGAGCUGCUGGGCAGCGCCACUCUGGUCAGCUCGGAUUUGAGCGGCAGCGAGGGACUGCUGCACCUGCCCAUCAAGUCGGCCAGGGAUGCGGAUGAGACGCUGGCCAGGCUGCGGCUGCCGUAUGUCACAGUGCAGCCGUAUCGCUACUCGCCGCUGGACUUCAAGAACACCUUUGCCCACUACUGGCCCAAGAGCUGGCCCAAUCUGGAUGUGGGUCACCGCGGCAAUGGCAAGAGCUACAUUGCCAAUGCUCCGGCGGAGCGGGAGAACACCAUCGCCUCGUUCCUGAGCGCCCACGAGCACCAUGCCGACAUGAUCGAGUUGGAUGUCCACUUGACGGCGGAUGGUGUGCCCGUGAUCUAUCACGACUUUGGCCUGCGCACUGCGCCGCCGGGCAAGCAGAUCAGCAGGCCGGAUCAGCUGGAGUAUGUGCUCAUCAAGGACAUUAACUACGGGCUGCUGAAGCGACUGCGCAUAUUCUCCGUGAUUGCCGGCCAGGUGGUGGAGUAUCCCUCGCACAAUGCGGAGUCGCGGAGCGAGCACCGCAUAUUCCCCACACUGGUGGAGGUGCUGGAGCAGCUGCCCAAGUCGCUGGGCAUCGAUGUGGAGAUCAAGUGGCCGCAGCGCCGCCAGGGCGGUGGAUCCGAGGCGGAGCAGACCAUCGACAAGAACUACUUUGCCGACAAGGUGCUGCACCAGGUGAUCGAGAAGGGCUGCGGCCGACCCAUCAUCUUCUCCAGCUUCGAUGCGGACAUGUGCACCAUGCUGCGCUUCAAGCAGAACAUCUUCCCGGUGAUGUUCCUCACGCAGGGCGAGACCAAGAAGUGGCAACCGUUCCAGGAUCUGCGCACGCGCAACUUCAUGGCGGCCGUGAACAACGCGCAGGCCUUCGAGUUGGCCGGCACAGCGCCACAUGCCGAGGAUUUCCUCGGCGAGAAUGCCCCCGAAAUGCUGCAAAAGGCCAAGGACCUCGGCCAGAUAGCCGUGAUCUGGGGCGACGAUUGCAACUCCAAGGAGCGAGUGCAGUACUUCACCCGCAUCGGGGCCACGGCCACCUGCUACGAUCGCAGUGAUCUCUUCAUGCCGCCCGGCAAACAGGAAGCCUUCUUCAAGUCACCCGCACUGAUGGCCGAGUUCGCAGCCCAGUGCCGGAUCUAAUCGAAAUGGGGUCACUCAACGGGCGGGUAUAUCUAAGCAAUGUUUAAACAUUAGGCUUUUAAAUUUAGCUGGUAUAUUUAUUUAGACACCAACUGGGAAAGAGAAAUGUGGGAGACGCUUUAAGUGUGGUUGGGUAAUUUGCAGUUUCUCGUUGCCCAACGGAAACAAACGAAAAAAAAAAUCAUCUCUAAACACGUUAAGCCGUCAUUUGGCAUAAUUACUAUGCACAUGCAAAAAAGGAAUUCCCCCAAA